ACUUUGAUUGUACAAAAGCAGAUUCAUCUCAAUUCUUACACAAUACACACAGUCAAAUGUGUUUAGUUUGAUUAGCUAAACUCUUCUUUUGUGUUUUGUUAAAACAAAGUGCACCAUACUUGUCUGGAUUAUUCAACUUAAACACUUAAACACCACGCUUGCACACAAAAACACACACACACACAGAGUGUAUGAUUAGAAGUCUUGUCAUUUUAUAAUCCAUUCAAACCCUGGAAACCCCAUUUGGGAAUUUGCAUUGGAAUGUGAGCUCUGUGCAUCUUUUGAUAACUGCAGUAAGCCAUGCUUGUUCCAUGAUGAUUUUGCAAAAGUGGUUCUGAAAAAUUCUCCAAGUCUUUUGAUAAAGCUGUGGCAGCUGCCCAUGUGUCUGGGAUAAAUAUAUUUUAUUGGGUGUUUGUCUUUUAGUUUGGAUAUGAAUUUGAAGAGGGGGAAGAAGAGACAGUGGAAGGGUUGAAUUUUUGGUGUUAGUGAUGGGCUUGAAAUUGCAGGGUCAUCAUAUGUUGGCUGUGAAGUUGAAUGAUCAAUCUGGGACUAAAAGAAAGUAUACUUUUAUUAAUAGGGUAUGGCUCCCUAAAAUUCUGUGGCUUUGGAUUUUAUCAACUAUUUUUGUCAGUAGAGUGAUUUAUAAUAGGAUGAAUGCUGAUAAUAAGGAGAGGAGGGAUGAAGUGCUUGUGAGUAUGUGUGAUCAGAGGGCUAGAAUGUUACAAGACCAGUUCAGUGUUAGUGUUAAUCAUGUUCAUGCUCUUGCGGUUUUGGUAUCGACUUUUCAUUAUUACAAGAACCCAUCAGCAAUUGAUCAGGAAACUUUUGCUGAGUACACAGCUAGGACAGCUUUUGAGAGGCCAUUGUUGAGUGGUGUAGCAUAUGCUCAGAGGGUUGUGGAUUCAGAAAGGGAACAAUUUGAAAAGCUACAUGGGUGGACGAUAAGAACAAUGGAGAGAGAGCCUUCACCUAUUCGAGAUGAGUAUGCGCCUGUUAUAUUCUCUCAAGAAACUGUUUCGUACAUUGAAUCUCUUGAUAUGAUGUCGGGAGAGGAGGACCGUGAAAACAUAUUGAGGGCUAGAGCUACUGGAAAAGCAGUUCUUACUAGCCCCUUUCGACUGCUCGGUUCUCAUCAUCUUGGGGUUGUACUGACAUUUCCAGUCUACAAAUUCAAGCUUGGCUCGAAUCCGUCCUUGGCACAACGAAUCGAAGCCACUGCUGGAUACAUUGGAGGAGCCUUUGAUGUUGAGUCCCUGGUGGAAAAUCUACUUGGGCAGCUUGCUGGGAACCAGGCAAUUGUUGUGAAUGUAUAUGAUAUAACCAACUCCUCUGACCCCCUAAUCAUGUAUGGGCAUGAAAAUCAAGAUAGUGACAUUUCCCUCGAGCGUGUAAGCAUGCUCAACUUUGGGGAUCCAUAUCGAAAACAUCAAAUGACCUGUCGGUAUCUUAAGAAGGCACCAACACCAUGGACAGCAAUCACCACUGCGUUCCUGUUCUUUGUGAUUGGUCUAUUGGUUGGCUACAUGACAUAUGGUGGAGCAAUUCAUAUUGUUAAAGUGGAGGAUGAUUUCCAUGAAAUGCAACUACUGAAAGUUCGAGCAGAAGCUGCUGACGUUGCUAAAUCACAGUUUCUAGCUACCCUUUCCCAUGAGAUUAGAACUCCGAUGAAUGGCAUUCUUGGGAUGCUUGCCUUGCUUCUUGAUACGGAUUUAAGCUCAACCCAAAGGGAUUAUGGUCAAACUGCUCAGGCUUGUGGAAAGGCGCUGAUAACUUUAAUUAAUGAAGUCCUUGAUAGGGCCAAAAUUGAAGCCGGAAAGUUAGAGCUAGAGGCAGUCCCAUUUGACAUCCGCUCCAUAUUAGAUGAUGUCCUUUCUCUAUUCUCUGAGAAGUCCAGGCACAAGGGUAUCGAGUUGGCCGUGUUUGUAUCUGACAAAGUUCCAGAAAUGGUUAUGGGGGAUCCUGGAAGAUUCAGGCAGGUUAUUACAAAUCUUGUGGGCAAUUCUGUCAAGUUUACAGAACAAGGACAUGUUCUUGUUCAAGUCCAUCUUGCUAAUCAUGCAGAAACUUUAAUGAAGACAAAAGCUGACAGCUUCAUUAAUGGAGAUUCUGAAGGUGUAGUUUUAUCAGGUGGGAAUCGGUUUAGUACUCUAAGUGGUCGUGAAGUGGCUGAAGAUAUGCAUAGUUGGAAAACCUUCAAGAAUUUGAUUCUUGAUGAAGAGUCCCAGUACUUAGACAGUCAAAGAGCAAGUACCGCAGAUGAAGCAUUUCAGAAUGUCAAACUGAUGGUAUCCGUCGAGGAUACAGGAAUUGGGAUCCCCUUAGGUGCACAAGAACGCGUAUUCACACCGUUCAUGCAGGCAGAUAGUUCAACUUCUAGAAAUUAUGGGGGUACUGGUAUUGGAUUGAGCAUUAGCAAGUGCCUGGUUGAGUUGAUGGGUGGUCGGAUUAAUUUUAUUAGUCACCCUCAGAUCGGAAGUACAUUUUCAUUUACUGCCAGCUUUAGAAGGUGCCAGAAAAAUGCAAAUGGUGAUAUGAUAAAACCUCACUCCGCUGAUUUACCUGUGGCAUUCAAAGGACUGAAAGCAAUUUUAGUGGAUGAAAAAAAAAUUAGAGCUACUAUAACAAGAUACCAAUUAAAAAGACUUGGUAUACUGGUUGAAGUUGUAAAUAACAUUAGGACCGUACUCUCCAACUCUGGCAGCAAAAAUGGUUCUGUAGGAUCAAACAGUGAUUGGCAGCCAGAUAUGAUUCUCAUUGAGAAGGAUUCAUGGUUAUCCGGUGAGAAUGAUUGCUUUGAUAUACGACUUUUGGAAUGGAAACAACAUGGCCAUAUGGUUAAUCUGCCCAAGAUAAUCCUUCUUGCAACUAAUAUCACUAGCACUGAGUUUGAGAAAGCAAAAGCAGCAGGUUUUGCAGAUACUGUGAUCAUGAAACCUUUAAGAGCAACCAUGGUGGCGGCAUGCCUUCAACAAGUAAUGGGAACGGAAAAGAAAGCACAGCAUGAGAGAGACAUGAUAAAUGCAUCUGCUUUUCUUCGUAGCUUGCUUUGUGGCAAGAAGAUACUGGUGGUUGAUGACAUUAGGGUAAACCGCAGAGUUGCUGCUGGCGCACUCAAAAAGUUUGGAGCUAGUGUGGAAUGUGCCGAGAGUGGGAAAGAUGCCCUCGCAUUGCUUCAGCUACCACACAAUUUUGACGCAUGCUUCAUGGAUAUUCAAAUGCCUGAAAUGGAUGGUUUUGAGGCAACUCGUCUUAUCCGAAUGUUGGAGAGCAAGGCAAAUGAGCAGAUAAAUGGAGGAAACGAUGUUGAAGGAACUGCAAAAGGGGGGAAGUGGCAUUUGCCAAUAUUAGCUAUGACAGCCGAUGUCAUCCAUGCCACUUACGAAGAGUGCCUGAAAUGUGGAAUGGACGGUUACGUUUCAAAGCCCUUUGAUGAGAAGAGUCUGUAUCAGGCUGUUGCAAAAUUCUUUGAACCCAGGUCCACUGCAGACUCAUAGAAAACCUCUGUUAUAUUGUAAAAUGCUUUAUGAAAAUUGGAUGGCUUGACCUGUACCACCCUGCAGUCCUUCACAUACUCUGCUGCUGGUUCUUUUAGCUCAAAGUGUGUGCCGAUGCUCGCAGAAUUUGCUGGGAUGAGUUCAUGAUUGGGGAGGCAGUGUUUGAAUUCUAACCACUGACAACAUCUAACUUGUUUUUCUUGAUUGCAGGUCAAUGUAUACAAUGUUAAGAUGUACAACUCAGCUGUUUGUAUUAGUGUAUAGCUCUUUAGUGGUUAUGACGCUUUUAGUUUAUCGACCCAUGUAACACUAUUAGUAUAUAGUAAUUCAUAUCAAGCACUCUUUAAAUCCUAAUCAAAAGAAGCAUCGUUUAUGGAGA